AUGCAUUCAGCAUCACUAAGACUGAUAUUUCAGUCAGCACAACUGCAUUUAGGAGAAAAAUCAUUUGGACGUUGGCUCAGUUGCUUCCAACAUGCUUCCAACGUAGAAUGCAGCAACAGCUGUAGCUCUGACAUUGCGGGCUGUGCCUGGCAGCGACCAUUUCUGCUCCAAGAUUCGAUCUCCUCAGGAAAUAAAUCCACCGAAUCGACCGACUUUGAUGCCAUCCUUUGGGAGGGCUUCGAAGCCUUGGCGAAAAAGGUACAGGAACAUCACGAAUAUCUGAAGGCACGCAGCGCAAAGCCUGGAAGAGGACCUGAUGAUGAAAAUCAACCAGCUCCUUCAGGUGAUCCGCAGGUUCUGCCCUCGCGAGAGCCGGAAAGAGGGAGCAUGAGCAGGCUUCCUGUCUUAGACGAGGAGGUGGAGGCCAACCCCGCUGCCCCGCUGAGCUCUAGUGGUGACUUGGCCGUUGCCAACGUCGAGGAUGAGACCCGCGAGAGACUGGGAGUCCCUGGAUGUUGCGACAGGUCGUGUGAGCUGAUCUCCAGAUGCUGCAGCUGUUGUAUAUUGGGAGUUGUUUUGCCUGUGCUUCUCCUGAGUGCAAGUGGUGACUUUGGACAGCUGAUUUGGCGAGAACUUGCUUCCAUUCUCGGUGUGGCACUAUUGGUUGUUGCCUUGGCAUUUUGUUGCUGCAGCUUGCGACACACUUGCUGCGAGGGCAUGUUCAACCUGCCGGAACCAGCGCCACUAGUCCCUCCCCUGUGCAAGAACUCUCAGAAAACAAUUUCAGUCCAGCGAGUGCUGCUGAUAUACAAUCCAAAUGCAGGAAAGCGACAAGCUGAACUCAUCUUGAAUGGGGUUGUAUUGCCUGGUUUGCGGAAACGUGGAAUCGACUGUGAUGUUGUAGCCACUGAGCGAGUAGGACAUGCCUGUGAGAUCGGGAUGACCUCGGACCUUCGAAGCUAUCAGGCAGCUGUAACUUUGGGAGGAGAUGGUACAUUUCACGAGCUGGUGAAUGGGAUCCUUGCACGAAAAGAUGGUCAACGUGUCGCAGUGAGUCUUAUCCCACUGGGCACUGGAAAUGGAUUAUCCGCGACACUUCGGCAAAACAUGCAGAGACGAGGUGAAGAGGUGUCAGUGUGGUCUGAACUCGACUCGGUGUUGGAAUGGUCAUUGGAGCGAAUCGCAGGUGGCCGCCUUGCUUCAGUUGAUCUUCUGGAAGUUGAGGUGAUGAAUAAGCGCUUGGUGGCCGUGAUGCAGGUCUACGUGGGGCUGCUGGCAGAACUUGACCUGGUGGCAGAGCCGCUCCGUUGGAUGGGGCCGGCCCGUUUUGAUCUCACUUCCGUCUGGAUGAUUUUGCGCAAGCAAGCGCAUCCGCUGGAAUGUAAACUCACCUUUGCGGAUGGCACGUCACAUGCCUGCAAUCUGUCCUGCAUCGGAGCAAGUGUUGGCUUAUGCCAGCAUUUUGAUGACAAGCUCAGAGCCGUUCCACAGGCGCAACUGGAUGAUGGCCUGGUGGAAUUCUCCAGCAUCUCAUCGGAUGCCAGCGUGGAUCAGCUCAUGGCCGGCUUUCUGAAGUUGGCGCGCGGGGCCCACACGGAGGAUCAGGCGAUCUGGGAAUCCAAGCAAGUGACUGCGGUGGAACUGCGCUUUGAGCGGCCCGGGCUUUUCAAUGUUGAUGGCGAAGUCCUGGAACAUGACGGCCUGCUGCGUUUGCGAGUUUUGCCCGGAAUGAUGGAGAUGUUAGUUGGCAAGGAAGAGGCUGAAAGUGCUGCACCAGCAGAAGAUGCCAGACACACAGCACCAUGGGGUGCUGACAGGAAACGAUGGCGGAUGCUGGCCCUCUAUGCUUUGGGAUGCAUGGCCAAUCAGGCGAUGUGGAUUGGAUUUGCCCCCAUUGAAGCGGAGGUGAUGGACACAUUUGGAGCGUCUUCCACGUGGGUGAACCUGUUGUCCCUGGUGUUUAUGAUUGUUUACUUGCCAGCAAAUUUUCCAGCUUCGUACGCGAUGGAUGUGCUUGGUUGCCGCCAUGCUCUCAUCAUCGGCGCUACGCUCCAGACCGUGGGUGCGCUCAUUCGAUGUGUGAAACCAGCUGCUCCGGGAAGUGCUUACCUGGUCAUGGCCGGCCAGACGCUUGCUGCACUUGGUCAGCCUUUCUUCACCGACAUGCCUCCGAAAAUCGCAGUUGACUGGUUUCCGCCAUACCAGCGAGUGAUGGCUGACACCAUAGCCUCAUUGUCAAUGCCCAUUGGAGCAGCGCUUGGAUUUGUGUUACCUAGUGCUUUUGGCCUGCAGAACAUGCUUUACGUGCAUUUGAUUUGGACCUCUGCAGCACUCUUGCUUAUCCUGUUCUGUUUCAAUUCUUCUCCAAGUAGACCGCCAAGCCCAGAGUCAUCUCACCAGCAUGCAGGGAAGUCUUUUGGAAAGGAGCUGCAAGCUGCAUUGUGCAAUGGGAGGCUUUGGUGUUUGAUUUGUUCCUUCGCUUGUGGCUUGGGUUCUUUCAACACCCUGAGCACAUUAGCUGCCCAGCUGGUCGGGCCCUUCGGUUUCAACUCAGAUGCCGCUUCGGCCUUUGGUGUGGCCUGCACAGUCGGAGGCGUCGUUGGCGCCGCUGUGAUGUCUGUCAUCGUCGGAUUGACAGGGAAGCAUAAGCCCGUGCUGGCAACAUGCUGCGUCAACUGCGUGAUUUUCUCAGCUCUCGCAACACUGACAGUGGUGUACCUGGGCAAUAGCUCCAGAGGAUUCACUCUCCUGCUGGUGGCAUUUGCAGGUCUGGGAUUCUCAGCCACCCCUUUGAUGCCCAUCUCAUUUGAAGCAGCUGUGGUGGUUGGUCAUCCAACUGGUGAGGGAACGCUCGCUGGUUUGUGUAUGUCUGGAGGACAGGUGCUUGGUAUUACUCAAACUCUUCUGAUUGGAGAGCUUUUGCAAAGGAACAGAGCAACAACCGCUUGGAUGCUAUCAGGUGGCCUCUUUGUCGUGGCUCUUCUUGCAGUGUGUCUUUUUAAUCCCAAGAAAGAAGCGUUCACUCUUCCAGAUGAACGAUCUGAAUGUUCGGCUGCAAGGCGUGUCAUGACGGAACCAGCUACGGUCAAAGCCGAUGAGGCUGGCACUACCGACCGAAAGUACGAUCUUCUCAAGCGUUGGAAGACCAUGGAAGGGCUCAAAUCUCAGGAUCCGAGCGCUGUUGUUGCAACUGCGCUGUACCAGCAGGAUGAGACUGACGAGUCAAUCGAAGGCUCUGAUGCUGAAGACACCAGCAGUGAUUGUGGUGGACCACCUGGACCAGCCAGGAGGUGUGUGAAGCGUGUGAACACGUGCAUGACACCUUGGAUGCUCUCUCCGAACUCGGUGGUUCGUUCCUGUUGGGACUCUUUGGCUUGCUUCUUUGUGAUCUACGAAUGUAUUAUGAUUCCCUUGGCCUUCUUUGACUUUGGUGAGUCCACGUUUCUGGAUGUCAUUGGCUGGAUCGUACGACUCUUUUGGUCCAUCGACUUUCCCCUCUCGUGCUUCACUGGUUACAAUCUCCCUGGGGAGAGGAUCGAGAUGAGGCCUAUGAAGGUCCUGCCUCACUAUGCGAAAACUUGGAUGUCACUUGACGUCUCAAUGCUUUGCGUUGAUUGGGCUGAAGUUGCCAUUGGUGGAGUGGGCAGUUUGAAUGCAGCACGCAUGGGCAAGACAGUCAAGAGCCUGCGAAUGAUCCGAAUGAUGCGGCUUUGGCGUUUGUUGAACGUCAACCGCCUGCCAGAUAGCGUGAGAGUGCUGAUUCAUCACUACUUCCAGUCAGAGGUGAGUCGGAUCGUUUUGGACAUUUGCAAGAUCCUGUUAUUCCUGGUUUGGAUCAACCACGUGUUGGCAUGCUGCUGGUAUGGCAUUGCAGAUUCUGUGACCGCGGACGAUAACAGCUGGCUCCAAUCCCCACAAUUCCAAGACCAGAAAACCGUGUACCUGUACGUCACUUGUUUCCAUUGGAGCCUCACUCAGUUCGCGAGCUCCACGGAUGUUUUUCCAGCCAAUGUGUAUGAACGAACCUUUGCGGUUUGCUCGCUGGUGUUUUGCUUCAUUUUCUCUGCGUCAAUUGUCAGUAGCAUCACAACCUCCAUGACACGGCUAUCAAUAGCCAGAUCCAAGGAGACUACAAAGUUGGCUGCUCUGAAGGAAUACUUGAGAGAGCAUCACAUUACGAGCCGUACUGCAUUAAGGGUGCAACGCAACGCUCAGUAUGCAUUGCAGGAGCAAAAGAGGCACACACCUGAAGAAGAUAUUGAGCUUUUGACCUUCCUGUCAGAGCCGUUGUGGGUUGAGCUCCGCUACGAAAUUUCUAUGCCAGCAUUGAGGAAGAGCGGCUUCUUCCAGAUUCUUGAGCAGGAGAGCCCUGCUUUUACGAGGCGGCUCUGUUACAAGGCCCUGGAGAACACGAUGCUUUCCAAAGCAGACAUCCUUUUCGUGCAGGGUGCACAGCACGUGAGCGAAAUGUUCUUCUUCACAGACGGGAAGCUCAUCUACUUCAGAGACAGCGAAGUGGGACUCAACAGGAAGGCCAGUAGUCAGAGACAGAAUAUCAUGCGCAAGAAGGAGAAAGUAUCGAUUGGUCUGGGUGAUUUUGCCUGCGAAGCUGCAUUGUGGACGGAUUGGUCGCAUUGUGGCACCAUGCGCGCAAAGACCCAGUGCACUGUCCUCAAGCUCAACGCGGAAGAAUUUCACACCACCUCAAGCCAGUUCAAGGAAACCGUUCAGGCUUUGAAGAACUAUGGCAGGCGCUUUGUGAAGCAUUUGAACAGCAAAGAUCGUCUGGAGUUGACGGACUUGGUGGAUGUAGAGUGGGAUAGUAGUGAAGUGGCCAGAGAGAGUUUCACAACCGCUGCUGAGCAGGAGAACGGUGGCAGAACAGGGACUGCACUCAAACGCGGAGCAAGCAUCAACAACUUCUUCCGUGCUGACGAGCGGCCAAGCUGGCUGAACAGCUUUUUAGGACGUACUGCAGCCACGCGAGCCAAAGUGAGGCCUUCGGUGGCAGCGUCAUCCCCUGUCGUUCCGACAGGUGAAUCGGAGGACCGUUGA